UUUCUCCUACAUGAUUUCUCGCUGUUAGCAAAACAGGAAUUUUGGCAUGUAUUAAAGCUAUACGAUAAAUGCUAUGCCUGUGCUAAUUUUGACUGGAAACUCUCGACUAGCUGCUGCUAUUGUUUGCUAGCUUCUUCAGCUGCUUGGGCUAGUUAGCAUAGCGAUCGGUGAAAACGAGAUGAAAACAAACAAACAGCCCAUAAAUUGUGUGCCCAGACAUUUGGGACAAGAUUGUCAGAGAGAAACCAUCCGUCAUAUGUCGAAAUAAUUUCAGUUGAGGGCAGUCAACUAUGAUUUUAGCCUUGCAGUAGCCGUGUUAUUGUUUGCUAGCUUAUUCAUCUGUAAUAAGCUGCCUGGGCUAGCUAGCAUAGCGAUCGGUGAAAACGAGAUGAAAACAAACAGAAAAUUAAACGCUAUAGCUGGUGCUAUAAUUGUUAUUCCGGCGUUAUGAUCAAAAACGCAUCUGUCUGACUGCUUGGGUGUGUGUCAUCUUGAAAUCAUAAAUUAGAAACAGUAUUUGUGUGUUGGUGCCAGUGGUGUAGAUGAAUUGUCAGUGUUAUGUUUAGGCUGUCUGAGGUUUAUGUCAAAGCAAUUUUUAAAAACCUGGUAUCGUCAUUUCUGACAAAAAAAAAUUUGCUCUGUCUUGUAUGAUAUCCUUCUAUGGUGUGUGUGUGUGUGUGUGUGUGUGUGUGUGUGUGUGUGUGUGUGUGUGUGUGUGUGUCUGUGUACGUGUGGACAUGCGGACAUGCAUGCAUUUGUUAGGGGAGAGGAUGACUAUCUGCUUCACUCCAAUGAUUCAUAUCAUGUUUUGUAGUACCAGAUAACCAACAUUAAUUUUCAAUAUGGACCACAAGACCUUUCAAUGCAGUGUGUGCGAUAAAAAGUUCACUGAGAAGUCAAACCUCACUCAGCACAUGAAGAUCCAUGAUCCAAAGGAGCAUGACUGUGACAUCUGUGGGAAGAGUUUCAGCACCAAACCCCAACUGCACUUACAUCAAAAGCAGCACCAGUAUCUGACUCAACUCUGUACCAGACUCUGCUAUACGAGGCCCACACAGCUGGAUCUUUUGCAUUGUCAACUUCAUUGACAUGUCAGAGGGGCAUCCUGUCCAUGGUAAAUCCUGCUGGCAUCUACACCCCACCCAUUUCCCAGUCUCCCCUUCCAUCUGCUUGCAUGCUGAGGUGUGCUCACCUAAUCCUGGAGAUGGAAAUGAUGCCUGUCCACCGCAACCAAAUCCUCAGUGUGACCGGUGAAAUCCUGAGCAUUGAUGGCACAAGAAAGCUUCUCAAGAAGAUCUACGGUGAUGGCCAGGGCACCAUGCAGUACAUCAUGGAGAGAACCGGCGGCGGUGACAAAGGUGUGGUGAGAUGUGGAAGUUGAACUUUGAAGAGCCAGGGCCAGAACCAGAGCCAGGGCCUUCGCACCGGCCCAUCCAGCCGAAGCCAGCUGCUGCCACCGCUGCCUCCCACGUGCCACCCGCCAUUUCAGCAGCACCAAUUCUCAUGGUGGUUCUAGCCCAGCCACAGGCUCCAUCCAUCAGAUUUACUGGGCCAUCCUGUAGUCAGGUCUUUGUUCCUGUUUUACCACCUCCUGCACUAACCGUCAAACCCAUAAUGCCAAAGAAAUCCGAGAGGCCCUGUGGAGCUUGCCAAGUACCUCAAUGUGGUGGCCAACGAAAGAGAUACAUGCCUUCAAAGGAGAAAGCGUCUGGAAGCAGCCAGAAAAUUUUCACAUUUUGCCCUGCUACCAACAAAUCAAUUAUGCCUGGUUUUGAAGGCGUAGUAUAGAACUGUUAUGAGCACUUUAAAAGUGUGGUGGACAAGGAACUGGAGCAGAGGAAAAACAACUGACUGUACCUCUAAUACUUGUUCCUGUUCCUUGCCUCAUCUCAUGCCUGGAUACUUUGUGCACUUUGGGCGUGAGAUGCUAAAAAAAGUGGACUAUUGUUACGUUAGUUCAUAUGCUAUUGCUGCUUUUAAAAAUGAUUAAGUAAAGUCCCUUCGGCUGCUCCCUUGUUUGCACUCGGGGUCGCCACAGCAAAUCCAAGGUGGAUCUGCAUGUUGAAC